AUCAUCAUAUUGUCAUAACAUUUAUACGGGUCACAGAAAAUUUUAUACAAUUUUUUUACUUGUUUGUUUUAUUGUAAUUAUUUGUAACACAUAUUUUUAAUAUCGUUAAAAAUAUGGUUUGGCCUACGGAACAAGAUACUAAGCUAAGCGAGUAUGACGCGAUGGAGUUGCCCGGACAACAGUUGUUAUCAUCGAAUGCGUACACGCCGUUGGACCACGUGCUCAACUUAGACAUCAAAGCGCCGCCAGCAUGCAUGCGACUCACCGGCAUCAUGGCGACCAUGGGCAAAUCAACGUUCGACAUUGAAAUAAUGGAACAGAUGAUGCUAUCAGGUAUGAAUGUAGCUGUAAUCAACCUGCAGUUUGGUUCGAGAGAGGAACACAUAGAAAUGAUAAAGAUGCUAAGACAAGCUGUGAAAAAUGUUAGCACUAGAAUGGGGAGACUAUACCCUCUAGGCAUUGCAGUGCGCCUAUCUGGGAAGAAAAUAAGAACUGGGAAGAUUGCAGAAAGCUAUGGUCAAACGGUCGAGCUAAAAACUGGCGAAGUGGUCAGAAUUACUACAGAUGAAACUUAUAGGGAAAGAUGUUCAACAUAUACCAUCUAUGUCGAUUUCAUGAAUUUUGCUGACCAAUUGAAUAAAAACAAUAUGGUCUUAAUAGAUAACGAGUCUAUUUUGCUAAAAGUAGAAAUCAUAUCUUUAACGACUUUGACAUGUAGAAUAGAAAGAGGUGGCAUCCUUGGAUCUUACAAAGAUGUUUUUGUUCCUCAUGUUAUAUUUGAUAUGCCAAAUUUUUCGGAAAGAGAUAAACUCGAUAUUGAAAUGGCAGCACAUUAUCAGGUGGACAUAUUUAUAGCGUCUUUUGUAUCAUCUGUGAAGCCAAUAGAGGAACUUAAAGAACUUUUAGGGGAAAAGGGGAAGAAAAUUUCGAUAAUUGCCAACAUACAAACUGUGGCUGGAUACGAAAACUAUGACGAAAUUCUUGCUGCAACAAAUGGCAUUAUGAUUACGAGACAGGAGCUGGCUUCGGACAUAACGCCGGAGAAAUUGGUGAUAGCUCAAAAAAAUAUGAUAGCUCGUGCAAAUUCAGCGAACGUGCCAGUGACAAUCAGCGCUCACAUCCUAAGCAGCAUGCGAUACAAGCAGAUGCCUCUCAGAUCCGAACUGCUUGACAUCGCGAACUGCAUUCUGGACGGAGCCGACUCCAUCCUGCUGUCUGCCGAGACUGCUGUCGGCUUGUUCCCGGUGGACACUGUGGCUGCUCUAGCAGGGGCUUGUCGCGAGGCUGAGGCGUGCGUCUGGACUAAACAGAUAUAUCACGACAUGAUUGAUAAGACACCAAUACCAUGUGAAGCAGCCACCGCAGCGUGCAUUGCCGGAGUGUUGGCCGCACAAAGAUGUCUCGCGGCGGCCAUAAUGGUGGUAACCACCAGCGGGAAGUCUGCCCAGGUCGUGGCCAAAUACAGGCCUCGCUGUCCUGUUGUGGCGAUCACGAGGUAUCCAGCAAUCGCGAGACAGCUGCAUAUGUGGCGGGGAGUUGUACCAAUAUUGUAUGAAGAUGCGCCAGACGCAGAUUGGCCAACUGACAUAGAGAAACGUGUGAAUUAUGCCUCCAAGUGGUGUAUCGAACAAGGGUUCAUCAGAGUCGGGGACCCAGUGGUCCUCGUCACGGGUUGGAGACAAGGAUCAGGGUUCACUAACACUAUGAGAAUAGUGUACGCAUCUCAGGAUACCUCCCUUAAUUAAUCUACUUCUAGCAAUAUUUGGGUAUUAAUCGAAAUAGCCGCGAAGAGCAAGAUUUGAAAACUUUCACUUACACAAAAAUAAUACCGACAACUCUUAAAACCGUAUAUAAUAAUAUAAUAGCAUAAUCACAAAUGAUCCGUCAUCGUCUAUCUCGUAGAUCGUUAAUAAUAGCGAAUUAGGUACGCCUGAAAGUGGUCUCUUUGGUUGGUUUAAUACCACGCUCUUCUUUUGUGCGCUCGCGCAUUUUGUUUUAUCAAUAUAUUAUAAUACAAAUAUAAAAUCACAGUCACACCUGAAUUUACCCAAAUUUGCAUAUCAUUUAGGAACUUUUCUUUGAUAUUUUUUAAAAAUUUUAACUAAACGUCGUAUGAAUGUACUUUUGAUGAUUGUUUAUUUUAUCAAGUUCAUCAAAUUAACCUUUCGUUUUUUAUCUAUAUACUAGCUGCAUCAUUUUACAAUAAAAAUUACAAUGGAAAUGGGUGAUUUCAUUACGUUCAAUAAAAACAUGUAAUAUUCAA